AUGGCCGUCACAGCUCACGGCGCCGCCGCCUCCCCGACCUCGCUCUCCCGCACCGAGACGCUCACGCUCCUUUCCCUCUCUGCGGCCUCCGCCGCUAUCAUUGCCAAUACCUUUCACGGCGAUGGCGAGCCUCUUAUAGCGUCCCUCGCCCUCUCGAUUCUCGCCUUUUGCCUCUGCUUUGCCAUGAUUCGCUGGCUGGGACCAACCUUCAUGAAGGCUGGGUUCCGCGGCCGUGAUCUCAGCAAGCUUAACAAGAUCGAGAUCCCCGAAUGCAUGGGCGCCGUCUGCGCCGCCGUCUAUCUCCUGACUGUCAUCAUCUUCAUACCGUUCCCCUUCUACAAGGAUAUUGUCGCGGCGACGAGUGGCGGUGGGAACAGAGAUGUUGUGGUCGAGGUUCAGGAGGUAAACCAGGGCCGCUUCCUGCAUCGCUUCCCCCAUAACAAGCUCGCUUCCUACCUUGGUGCCAUUAUUGCGCUCCAGACCAUCGCUUUCCUCGGCAUCGGCGACGAUCUCUUCGACAUUCGAUGGCGCCACAAGUGGUGGAUCCCCGGCUUGGCCUCGAUCCCUAUCCUGGUCGUUUACUUUGUCGACUUUGGCGUCACUUCCAUCGUCAUCCCCGUGCAGCUCCAGCCGUAUCUAGGCGAGCUAUUCGACCUUGGCGCCUUAUACUACGUGUACAUGGCUUGUGUUGCCAUGUUUUGUCCCCAGAGCAUCAACAUGCUUGCAGGCAUCAACGGCAUCGAGGUCUCUCAAUGUGUCGUCGUCGCGAUCCUUAUCGCCUUCAACGAUUGCCUAUACCUCUUGACACCGUAUCCGCAUCCCGCUACCGACUCUCAUCUCUUCUCGCUCUACUUCCUGCUGCCCUGGAUCGGUGUCUCUUGCGCCCUGCUCUACCAUAAUUGGUAUCCAGCAAAGGUCUUUGUGGGAGAUACGUACUGCUAUUUCUCCGGCAUGGUCUUUGCCGUCGUGGGCAUCCUUGGCCACUUCUCCAAGACUCUGGGACUGCUCCUCGUGCCCCAGAUAUUCAACUUCCUCUACUCCUGUCCACAGAUCUUCGGCCUUGUCCCCUGCCCGCGUCACCGACUUCCGAAAUUCAACGCUCGGACCGGCCUUCUCGAGCCGUCCGUCACGCCCUGGUCGCCAGAACGCCAGCCGCGGCCCCUCGUUGGCCAGAUCUUACAUCUGUUAUCCAAGCUGCGCUUACUGCAGGUCACAGUGGACGACAAGGGCCUGUUCGUCGAAACGAGCAACUUCACCAUCCUUAAUCUUUGGCUUGUCUGGCGGGGCCCGCUCCGCGAAGACCGCCUCGCUUGGGAGGUCACACUGCUGCAGCUUUUCGCUGGUCUGUUUGGGCUGUUUUGGUUCACCGAGUUCGAAGCCGUUGCCCACUCCGUGGUCGAGUACAUCCCCCUCCUCGGGACGCUCUACUCCAUGGAGCGCAUGUUCAUCGCCGACCACGAGGAAGACACGGCGCGGUACUGGCAGUCCAUGGCGGACCUCUUCGAAAGCUCCGUCCGCGACAUCGUCAUCCUGCAGCAGUUCGCCGAGCCCAUCCCCGUCACGCUCAUCCACACCAUGGCCGAGUCCUUCACCGACAAGAUGAUCGACAUAUACCACUCCUGGCCCUUCACGCAGGAGGUCGCCAUCCGCCAGGUCCUCUUCCGGAGGUACGAGUACGUCGUCGUGGCGGACUCGGAGGUCGGCAAGUCCGCGGACCAGUUCUUCACGGGCAAGGCCAAGGGGCUGUUUUACUUCUUUGGCGCGAGGUUCCAGGGGAUCCUCACGGAGCCUCUGUACGCCCCGGAUGGCGUCAAGGUGCGCAUGGACGUGCCGCGGGGUUUCUACGACGGCGCGCCCAUCAUGUUCACGUGGAGAUGGGCCGUGGACGCGUGGGGUACGAAGAACAGGCCCGAAGCUACGCAUGCCCGAAUCAAGAUGCGCCCGGGUAAGCCCAUGACGUUCAUCUUGAAAGACCGUCGGGGCGCCGGGGGAUGGGCCGGCUAUGACUUCUGGGGAGAGAUCAAGUCUCGCGAGUCGGUUACCGCCUACAUCGAAGUCGAGCGCACGUCAGUUAGGAUUGACUUCACCAAGGUGGACGGCGUAUAG